AUGGAUCAGAGUAAUAAAUUCGUAACAAAUACACCAUUACCAUCAAUUGAACAAUUUCAAUUAGAUUUUAUUUUAAAUGACGUGCUCCGAAAUGAAUCAGAUCAAGUAAUAAAUGACUUAUUAAAAGUUACAUCAAAUUAUCAGAAUGAUUUAAGAAAAGAGAUCAAAUAUAAGCUAUCAAUUGAACAACGAAUACAAUUCAAGAAUAUAGAAAUAGCUAAAUUGUCAAAGAAUUUAAAUCAAUUGAUUCAACUGAGGAAUAAGAAAUUAAGUAAGGCUUUAUUGAAUUAUAAUAAUGAUGAUGAGAUUGAAGUUAAUCAAUUGUUGAAACAUACGAUUGAAUCAAGUAAUAAAAUAAAGGAUAUAAUAACUAGACUAAAGAAUAUUGAAAAGAGGAAAUGUAAAGAGAGUAUAGUUGUUACUAAAAGAGAAUUGUAUCCUAAUCUAUAUAAAUUGGUCAAUUUACAAACUGAAUCGCACGGCGAACAGAAUAGUGAGGUGAAUAAGGAUGUUAUAGUGAAUGAGGAGAUAAAUAAUGAUGCUAUAAUGAAAGAGGAGGUAAAUAAAGACCAAAUCGUAGAUGAACAAUUACCAACUACUGAAAUUGACGAAAUUCAAGAUCAAAAUGGACUAAAUAUAAGCUCAUCUAUUCCAAUUCAAGAUCAAAAUGAACUUAAUAUCGGUUCAUCUACUCCAAAUCAAAAGCGAAAAGAAGUUUCAAACUUAGAUCAAUCUACACCAAUUCAAGAAGCUCCUACAUCCAUGGAUCCAAUUGAGUUUGAAACAUUUAUGGCAUCAACAAUAGCUAAAUAUCGAGAACGACAACAAGAAGAAUCAGAAUCAGAAUCAGAAUCAAACCCACAAACAAAUCCAUUAAAUUUAUUAUAUUCACAAUUAAUAAUAACCCCAAUUAAAUCAUAUCCAUUUUCAAAUUUAUUAUCAAUUAAGUCAACAGCAACAGUUGAUGAAUCAUCACAAAUAUCUCAUUAUAAAAAACUUCGAAUUAAUGGAGCACCAAUAACUUCAGAAUCAUUUAAAAAGAAAGAGGACUUGUCAGAGAUAAUAGAUAAUUUGAAAAUAAUAGAUGAUGAUGAAGUAUGGAAUAGUUCAGGAUUAAAUACAGAAAAUUCAUCUUCAAACUCCUCAGAUUCUGUUUCUGAAAAUGAAAUUGAUCAAUAUUAUUCAAAUUUAGAAAUGAAUCUAAAAAGGAAGAGGAAAUUGGAAGGGAAGGAUUUAUCACCUACACCUAAACAUAAACCAUCACACCAUAUAUUAAAACCAAAACGAUCAAUUUUGAAAACUAAACAACAGAAGACACUAAAUAAGCCAGCAAUAAUUAAUCAUGAUCAUCAUGAGAUUACUCCAUUAAGUGCUGUUAAUAAUGCUUAUGGUUCUAAGACUGUUAAUGUUUUGUCUGAAUUUACUGUAUCUGGAAUAAUUACAAAUGAAGAAGAACCAAUUAAUAUAUUAAAGAAGUAUAGUUAA